AUGGGCUCACGCGGCGUAGCACACUGGAUCUGGGUGGUAGUGGUAGCGUGGGCGUGGAGCGCUGCAGCGCGCACAUUAUGUCCGCCACGAUGCGAAUGCGACGACGCGCUCAGAGCUGCAUCGUGCGCCAAUGCAGGCCUCGAAAUAGUGCCUAUACAACUCAACCCAGAAGCAACACAAAUAAACCUAACCCACAACUCUAUCGACAAUCUUCUAUACACAUUCGGCUUUUAUACCCAACUAACCAUCCUCGACAUUUCGUACAACAAAGUACAAGACUUAGGAAGUAGGAAUUUUGAUAACAACAUCGAAAUGACCCAUCUAAACGUGAGUCACAAUGCUCUCAGAAAGUUAGACAAAGACACAUUCAUUGGUCUUAAGAGACUCGUCGAUCUGAAUUUAUCUUAUAACGAAAUAUCUACUAUAGAUGCACUAACUUUCAAAGAUCUAACAGUAUUAGAGAGACUCGAUAUGUCUAAUAAUAAAUUAGUGACUUUUGAAUCUGAUACGUUUGAACCGCUAUCUUCACUUCGGAUUUUAUAUUUAAAAAAUAACUCUAUACUAGAAAUACCAUCCGUCAAUUUACUGACAAUUAUAAGUCUAGAGUUUUUAGAUCUCUCAGAAAAUUUGAUACAAAGGAUACCAAAGCAUGGGGUGCCGUACUUGAAGGAAUUGAAACAUUUAGAUCUGAACAAUAAUAUAAUCGAAGAAAUCGAUCACUUGGGCCUUCACAACUUACCUUCUUUGCGACACUUAGAUCUUAGCGAUAACAACAUGACUACGAUUCCAACAUCAGCUUUGUCAAAGUUGUCGAAUUUGUCUCACUUGUAUUUGAGCGGAAAUUUCUUCCAUAAUGUAUCAGCGUUGUCUUUUCAAAGCCUCUUUCAUUUGAAACAUUUACACUUAAGUAGGAUAUACAAUUUAGAAAAAAUUGAUUUCAGAGCAUUUGUUGAUAAUAUAAAUCUACAGAAGAUAUGGAUGAAUGAAAACUUAAGAGUAAAGGAAGUGCCUCCGAGAUUAUUCCAUGGGAAUCCUAAGCUGACACACGUUUAUAUGAGAAACAAUGCUUUAGAAACCCUCGAAGCUUCACACUUUCCAAUCGAUACUUUACAAGAACUUGAAAUAUCAGGAAAUCCAUUUGUAUGUAACUGUUCAUUAGUAUGGUUAUGGAAUCUUAUAAGAGAAUGUGAACUUCGGAGCCGAAAAAGUGAAAAUAGUAGUACGAUACUUAAAAUUGAUUAUGAAGAUGUAAAAUGUGCUGCACCAGAGCAUUUGAAGGGAAUUAGUUUUAUUCAGAUUCCCGAGUCAGAGUUUGGCUGCUCCAGUGGGUGGGUUAUAGUCGCUAUCGUGGUGAUGACAGUGAGCAUCAUUACAAGCAUUGUUGGUGGAGUAUUGUACUUUAUUGGACCUCUAAAGAAAUGUAAAGGAGACAAAUCAAAGCAAGUUAUGACUAGCGUUAUGCUUAACGGUGAUGUUUCAAAAUUGGGCAACGGAUUAGUUUACACAACCCGUGGUAGAGAAACUGAUAGUAAAAGGGAGGUCGAUAAAUACUUAAUGAUCGGUUCGUCUGUUACUAACAACUUCCAUUCAUUAAAUCCUCCCUGGCAAGCCAUGGAUAAGAACCCUUAUUACCAGGAAGAUAGUGAUGAGCACAUUUAUCAACAGUUUGCUUAUGAAACUAUUCCUCCACACAGGACCCCAGAGAAACCACACAUAGUGUAUGUGUAA